AUGUCAAGUCAGUUCGGGCAGUACUCAUCGCUCAAGAGGGUCCAAACGGAUAUCCCGGCGCAGCAAUCAAGUCCACUACGACAAGGGUCGACCGCGUCCACAAAUUCGUCUGCCUACUCCGUCGCAAGCUCGUUUGCUCCAAGCCGAACAAGCACAAUCUCUUCGGUUGGGUCCAGGCCGAGCACCUUAGGCCAUCACCGAGGAAAAAGCGAAGUAAUAAUAGUGAAUUCAUCGAAGCCAGAGAAUCAUUCAAGUGCUGCAUCGACAUAUGAAAAUAUUCGCCGGUCCCUACGGCCCCUUCAACAAGUGCCUAAUAACGCUCCACCUACCACAAAACCAUCCAUUUAUCAACACUCACGAAGCAAAACUCUUGACGAGAACCACAACUCUGCGGCACUCUCACCGAAGAGCCCGGAAUCGUCUCGUGUCCAUUUCAAAGAGAACGAAUUGCCUCGUUACAAACCAGCUGCAUUCGAGCCCCAAACACCUCAACGAGCGUCUUCGCCAAACCACUGGUCCCCCAUCCCAGCUCCAGCUUCGCCGCGCAGUCCAUCACCUCAGAAGACGCUACCAGACAGUCCUCAUCGUCCCAAAAUAGCGGCUGCCAUAUCUACCCCCGAGCUUGAAACAUUCCAAAAAUCGACAACGCGCCAUCUCAGAAACCUCUCCCAGUUUGCACAGACGGGCGAAACCGAUGAAUUUCAACUAGGCUCGUCUUCAGUAGUAGGUUUGCAAGGGCGAAGACGGCUGAAGCGGGCAGAUUCAGUUUCUGGGGGAAGUGGUGCGGUUUCUCCACAGAAGCCCAAGGUUUCAUCAUGGCAGGCCGCUAAUUGGAUGGAUAAGCAGCGGCAGUUCAUACAAGCUUAUGAGUACCUCUGUCAUAUCGGUGAGGCGAAAGAAUGGAUCGAGGGAGUGAUCCAGAAGCAGAUUCCGCCAAUUGUGCAGCUGGAAGAAGCUCUUCGAGAUGGUGUAACACUUGCGGAGGUGGUUCAGGCUAUGUACCCCGAUCGGACCCUGCGCAUCUUUCGGCAUUCCAAGCUACAGUACCGCCAUUCAGACAAUAUUGCUCUGUUUUUCCGCUUUCUGGACGAUAUCGAAGUGCCUGAGCUUUUCCGAUUCGAACUCAUAGACCUUUACGAGAAGAAGAACAUUCCCAAAGUCAUCCACUGCAUUCAUGCAGUUUCUUGGCUGCUCUUCAAAAAUGGAAUGUUGGAUUUCCGCAUGGACAAUCUGGUCGGCCAGCUGGAGUUUGAGCACCAUGAGCUUGAGAAAACCCAGAAGGGUCUCGAUAAAGCAGGCGUUAGUAUGCCGAGCUUUUCGGGUAUGGCUGCGAACUUUGGCGCAGAGCCGGAGCCGGAAACAGAACCAGAGCCAGAGCCAGAUGAGAGUUUCAUAGUGGACUUUCAGGCUCAGAUAAGAGGCGCCAUGAUGCGCUUGAAGCUUGGAUACACGAUGAACGAUCUCUGGGACUUCGAGCCAUUGCUUAUCGACCUACAAUCACGCUUGCGUGGUGACUGGGCGCGGCAGAUAAUCCGAUACCGACUUGACAUGCGCCAAUUCGCCGUUCAACUACAGGCUAUCAGCCGUGGGUUCCUUGUGCGCCAUCGCCAGCAAGGAGAUAUGCAGUACCGUGAAGCCCAAGAAUCUGACAUUCUCCAAUUGCAAAGUAUUAUACGUGCCGCCAAAGUUAGAGCCCAGACCAACACAUUACAAACUCGCAUACAGAGACAAGAAUCCGGUAUCAAGAAUUUCCAAGCCGCCAUCAGGGGUGCACUGCAGCGGAAGCUUGUCACAGCUCAAUGUGAACGGAUUCAAUAUGCCAAGAGCGAUGUCACAGCCCUCCAAGCUGCUAUUCGAGGUGCACUGCAACGAAACAUUGUUUUAGCUCAGUAUGAGCAGUCUAGAUUUGCUGAGAACAGUGUCAUCGCGUUUCAAGCUGCUAUUCGGGGUUCACUGCAACGAAACAUUGUCUUAGCUCAGUAUGAGCAGACUAGAUAUGCUGAGAACAGUGUCAUCGCGCUUCAAGCGGCCAUUCGCGGUGCAAGGCAGCGCAAGAUCGUCACAGCUCAGCAUGAACAAACUCAGCAUGUCGAAAAUGAUGUAACAAGUUUGCAAGCAACCAUCCGGGGUGCUCUACAGCGAAAGCAAUUGACAGCACUGUUGCAAGCUAUGGAAGAUACUAGUAGCCCUGUCAUGUCAUUGCAAGCAAUAUUCAGGGGAAUGCUCGCACGUCAGCACGUGUCCAACAUCCAACAUUCUCUUCAGUGUGAGACAGCUACAAUCACUUCCUUUCAGUCUGGGAUCAGAGCUUUGGCAUCUCGGAAACGUCACACACAACUUUUGAAUUCUCUAAAACAGACCGAGGGUCAAUGUGCCGAGCUGCAGGCUUUAGUCCGAGGGGCUGCAGUUAGAUUAGACAAAGCAGCUAUACGUGCUGAGCUCUCUCAACACGUUUUAGCCAUGACCACAUUACAAGGAGUUAUAAGGGGCAAGGCCAUGCGAGAGCUCCUAGACUCCCAGCGCGCAUCACUAUCGGAAGAAGAAAGUGUUGUGUUGGAGUUACAGUCUCGAGUGCGAGGUCUCAUGCAGCGUAAGGAGCGAGAUGCAGAGCACAGAGCUCUCAAGGAUCAGGAGCAUUUGAUCGUGGAUCUUCAGGCAUUCUCCCGUGCGGCAUUGCUUCGCAUGAAAGUUGGCGAUAUACUCACAGAGCUUGAGGACUCGGAAGAGGAAGUGGUCCAACUACAGGCCUUGGCCAGAGCAAUGCUCAUUCGGGUAGAGGUUGGAACUAUGCUGGCUGAUUUAGAAUCCGAGGAGGAAUUCAUCGUGGAUCUUCAAGCCAAUAUCCGAGGUCUCCUUGUCCAAACCCGCUUUGAGGAGAGACGUCGUCAUUACAAUGAGAAUAUGGAGAAAGUCAUCAAGGCGCAAAGCGUCAUCAGGGGCCGAAUUCAGGGACAGGCGUACAAGAGCUUGACAAGCGGAAAGAAUCCACCUGUCGGAACAGUGAAAGGUUUCGUUCACCUUCUAAACGACAGUGAUUUCGAUUUUGACGAGGAGGUCGAGUUUGAGCGGCUGAGAAAGGUGGUUGUUCAACAAGUCCGACAGAACGAACUCGCAGAGCAGUACAUCAGCCAACUGGACAUCAAAAUUGCUCUCCUAGUGAAGAACAAGAUUACACUUGAUGAAGUCGUCAAGCACCAGAAGCACUUUGGGGGUAAUAUCGGCAACCUUUUGUCUAAUACCGAGAUUUCCUCCAAAGAUCCAUACGACUUGAAGGCUCUGAAUAAGACAUCACGAAAGAAGCUGGACCAGUACCAAGUCUUCUUCUUCCUUCUCCAGACACAGUCGCAGUACCUGGCGAAACUAUUCCGACGCCUUCGCGAGAUCAAUACUUCAGAUAAGGAGUACGACCGAAUCAGGCAUUUGAUGAUGGGUCUCUUCGGAUACUCACAGAAGAGACGUGAAGAGUACUAUCUUGUCAAGCUUCUCGCAAGGUCUGCAAAGGAAGAUAUCGAAAGCUUCGCAUCGCUCCCUGAGUACCUGCGGUGCACCUCUUUCUGGAACAAGCUCUUCGGCUCUUACGCGAAGUCUCCUCGAGACCGAAAAUUCAUGCACGAUGUCUUGGGAGCGGUGGCAAAGGAGUCCAUUGUCGACAAUCCUGACCUUGACCUCGAAAGUGACCCUAUACAAAUCUAUCGAUCUACUAUCAAACACGAGGAGCUUCGUACAGGCCAGCGCAGUAGACGACAGCCGGAUCUCCCUCGUGAAGAAGCCAUCAAAGAUCCCGAAACCAGGAAAAACUUUAUCCAGCACCUGCAAGAAUUACGCGACAUUGCUGAUCACUUUUUCUUGACCUUUGAAGAUUACCUGCACCGCAUGCCAUUCGGUAUUCGAUACCUAUCCAAGCAGAUGUACGAGAACCUCCUGGCCCGGUUCCCGAAUGAAGAUCCUGGAUUUGUUCUCCAAGCUGUGGGUAACUGGGUGUGGAAGAGCUAUUUCCAACCUGCCCUGCUAGAGCCAGAGAAGUACGGUGUGGUGGACCGGGGAUUGACGCAGGAGCAAAAGAGGAACCUGGGUGAAAUCUCCAAGGUUGUUGCACAGGUCGCCUCUGGCAGGCUGUUCGGUGCCGAAAAUGUUUGCCUCCAUCCUUUGAAUCCCUACAUUGGAGACUCAAUACAAAGGUUGGGACGAAUCUGGGGCGAAAUGAUCACGGUUCAAGAUGCAGAGGCCUAUUUCGACAUUGACGAAUUCAACGACCUUUAUGCGAAGGCCAAGCCAACUCUAUACAUUAAGAUGUCUGACAUUUUCUCAAUUCAUCAGCUUGUGGCCUCACAGAUAGAAUUCAUGUGUCCACAUCCCGAUGACUUCCUCAAACAACUUGUGCGAGAUCUCGGCAACGUCAAAAGCAAUGAGAAUGAGUUGAUGAGUGUCCGAUCUACUGAAGUUAAUCUCACCCUGAAUCCCAAAUUGGCUCAAGUUGAAGAUCCUGAAGCUGCAGUGAAAGCCUUGUUCAUGGAGACCAAACGAUGCAUUCUUUACAUUAUCCGUGUCCAGAGUGGAACGAGCUUGAUGGAUAUCAUGCUUAAACCGCCAAGUGAGGAAGAUGAAGCACGGUGGGAGACUUUGGUCGGAGAAGAAUUAAACUCAAACAAUCCUCACCGGAGCGCUUACUCUGAAGCUAGCACUUUGGUAGAUAUUGGUGCAAUGAGCUAUUCUGAGCUGAAGGGAAACGCCCUCCAAAACAUUCUCCGUCUUGAGCAAGCUGGCAAAAUAAAUCGGCACAACCACUACCAAGACCUCCUGAAUGCCAUUGCUAUUGAUAUUCGCACCAAACACCGUCGGAGAAUCCAGCGUGAGCGUGAAUUGGAGGGUGCACGGCUUACUUCUACUCGACUCAAUGACCAAGCUCUCUACCUGGAUCAACAACUCAAGACAUACAACGAUUACAUCGAGCAGGCCAUGGUUACCCUGCAGAACAAGAAAGGAAAGAAGCGAUUCCUCAUGCCAUUCACCAAGCAGUGGGACCACCAGCGAGAGCUUCAGAAAACGGGCAAGGUGUUCAAAUUUGGGUCUUUCAAAUACUCAGCUCGCACCUUGGCCGACAGAGGUGUGCUAGUUGCAUGGAAGGGCUAUACCGAUCGACAAUACGACCGUGUGGACUUAACAAUCUCCAGUAACGAAGUUGGAGUUUUCACCCUUGACGGUAGCAGCGGAAAUAUGAUGGUUGCUGGUGGCAAUGCGCAAAUCCCCUUGGACGACUUGCUGCAGGCCCAAUUCAACAACACACAAUUCAUGGACUUCUUUGACGGGCAGAUGAGGGUCAAUGUCAAUCUCUUCUUGCACUUGAUUAUGAAGAAGUUCUAUAACGAAUAA